GAUCCACCCACCCAUACGUCGAGCUCUACUCACACAAAGGAACAAUCGGCCGCCGGCCACCGGCCGCCGCCAUCGAGACGCCGACGCCGACCUCAUCCUCCUGCGCAGCAGGCCCGCAGCCGGACGCUCUCUACUGUUCUUCCUCCGUCGUCUCCUCCCGCCCCCCGCUUGCUUUGAAUCCCCUUCCUCUGCUCCGCCACCACGACGCGCCGACAUGACUGGGUCUUCUAAGAAGCAUGAGCUCAAAUCUAAGCAAAAAUUGGAAAAGAAGCUCAGUUUUUACACAAAAGUAAAAGAUGCAGUUACUUCCUUAAAUGCUAAGAAGACUAUCAGUAAGAAAAGUAAACAGAGUCGGCGCCAGAAGAAACUGAAAGCAUAUGAUCUCUCGGCACUGUCAGAGUUCCUCCCAGAACCAGCUGCACCAGAGCAGAAGACUGAAGGAAAGCUGAACUGCAAGUCAAGACAGACAUUAGUGGUACGGGAGUCUGCCCGUCUUAAGGCUGUACUGGACAACCCGCAGUUUCAGCUUGACCCAUUCGCCGCGAUCCAUCAGCACCUGCUAGCAACUCAGCCGCCUGCAGCUGCAAAGGACAGUGACGUGGAGAAGCAGGGGAAGACGGACUCCAAGGACAAGAAAAGGAGGAGGAAGAAGAAGGGUGCGUCGUCAAGCUCUCAAGCAAUGGAUAUCUGAUUGUAUUCGUUCAGUAGUAACUUGGUUCGAUGUCGAUGACUGCCCGUGUUCCAUUAGAUUAGAAGGACGGAGCUCAUCGAAGUUUGAUAUCAGUGGUUGGUAUAGUUUGUGGUACCAGUAGAGGUAGCAGAUCUUUUUUCCCCCCUCUUUGGGUGGCCUUUUGACUGAUAUUUGUUGAAUCGGUGUCUUUGCUUUGACGAUUUGGAUAUGGUUUUAGCUGAAAACCUGGUGUUUCAGUUCCGAUUAAAGCCUGGUUGCAUGGAAA